GUAAGGAACUUGAAAUUUAGUCCCCUCUUAUCCACUGCCCUCUACGAGGGUAAGUUGGACUCGGCUCGGCUCCUACUCAGAGCUGGCGCCGACUUGUACACUGACACGGACAACCUGCCCGGCUCCUUUCUCUCUGACAGCAGCGAAAAGAAGUUCAGAGCUGGAGUCGACUUCCUCAGAGGGGAAGACUAUUGGGCUUGGACCGAUGAGGCAACGGCUAACGAUAAGAGAAUGACUUCCCGAUCCGCGCGGUAUAAUGUAUUGACAUCAGCAAGCGCGGUGGGAAGUCUGGAAUACGUUAUGAUUGCCAUCGACGUUCUCGGUUUUUCGCAAUCACGGUUCCCUCCAGCUCUCACUGACGCCGCCACAAACGGGAGACUUGAAGUUGUGUCAAUGCUCCACAAACUCGGGGGCGAAACGAACCCAGACGUCCAAACAAGAGCCGCUCGCGCCUUAGAUCCUCUCAUUAUUUGUGCAGCAAGGGUGACGGAAAGAGCUACAAUUCACUACCUACUCUUCAAAGGGGCAACCUUAAUCCGUCAUGAAGAAGCCGACUUUUUGUGGCGCUCCCUGUGGUUAGGCAUGGACAGGCGCUUGCUAGGAGAUGAAUGGAUCUUCCAAGAAAUAGAAGGCAUCCUUUGGCACGUCCUUCUACAUACCGAGGAAGUUGAAACGACCAACCCCUACCUUCCUCGCCGAUGUCCCCGCUCGCCGUUAGAUUGGAUAACGCAUGGCAAUGUCGCCCAACUUUGGAGUUUUACUGAUCGUUCUUUCCUGGUGCACGGUGGCGGAGUCGACGCAUGGAAUUCGGACCCGAGUCCGUUACCGCGGUGGAUAGCGUGGUCUGCAGAGGAGAUGAACGCAUGCCUAGACGACCCCGAGAAAACGUUGGCGCCUUUUAUGACCUGGUCCGCGACGGGUGUGGUUAGCAAAUACGUAAAAGCGGUUGACGGAAAUGCGAAGGCGACUCAGUCCAGCCCUGAUGAAGAAGAAUUACCAGAUGUCCUUUGUCGUCGGGGGCUCCUCCUUAACAGAGCCGCGUGGUCAAAUCGCUUUCCGGGAGCCCUGUUGACGGAACGACGAUUGUCUGCAGAAGAAAUGGAAUCCCCGUUCUUACCACAUACUCUACGAGUCGUCGCCGAUGGCCGCGACGGAAUACCCUUCGAGAACACGAGCAUGUUCCGCCAGACGAUCGCCACCGAUGAGGGGAGACGUCACAUGUCCACGUUUCCCCUAGUCCGAGCCCUCUGCAACGCUUUCCAGCUUGCUGGCUAUCGAGCGGAGAUGGAUGAUGAUGGGGACAUCUGGUUCGACGUGGACGACGGUGAUCCUUACUAUGAUGCCAGAGAGUAUCAACCGGGGCCGGGUGAGGACGACGGGGCCGUGGCAAACUGCCCAAUUUGCCAGGACCCGGAGAAGCAUGGGCUGGGGUAUAUCCUUCGCCGGGCCGAAGCAGGGGAGAAGUAUGUCGACGAGUUUAGGGCGAGAAGGAGGGAAAAGGGAGAGGCUGGCCGUUUGUAGGCUUAGUGUGUUGGUAGUUCAAUUGGAGUGAUGGUGGCCCCGACAACCAAGACACCGACAUAUGCGGAUGCGGUUGAUCUAGUUCAGGAGGGGAAACGCACACGACGGGGUCCCGAGUCGGCAGCCCGGCAACCCGACAUCGACGCCACGCUAACGGAGCAGCACCACGAAUGCCCCACUGGGCGACGUGACUGACGGAACGUGGUCAACACGCAUGAAGUUACAGGCCUCUCUUGUUGGACCCCCUCAAGAGAAUAC